UCGGUGAGAAUGAAAUAAAUAAACAAUGAAUGGUCCACUCUCCUCGCGCGCCUCAUCCCAUCUCAUGCAUGGCUGCCAGUAAUGGUCUACUGGGUGUCAGCUUUUAUUGGCACGGCACAAAGCGAGCGCCAAGGGCUCGGUGCCUCGACUCCCCGCUGCAGACUCGGCCCGCGGAUAAAAGCGAGCAAAAUGCCCCAGCCGAGCUCAGAGACUUAGUGAUGUUGGGCUGGAACGAGGAAGUGCAGUGGAGAGGGGAGGGACUCCGGGCGCAGCUCCAUGGGGCCGCUGCGGCGCUGCGACCUUCUGCACAUGGAGCCGGGGAGAGUUGGAAGAACUUCAUACUGCAAACUCAAGGAAUAGCAGAGUACCUGCACCGCAUGGAGACAGAGGAGGCCCAGGAAAUGGCCCCGAUGGCAGGUAAAAGACGACCCACCCCCCCGCCGAUCGACACGUCCGAGGAGGCGGAGGAGCCCAUGGCCGUCCCCGAGGACCUGUCAGCCGGCUCCACCCACCAGCACAACAACAGAGGGGACAAAGCCUGUAACAUUAAAGUUGAGGCUCGCAGUGAUGAGGAGAAUGGGCUGGCCUGUGACAUGAAUGGCGUGGAGGAGGAAGAGUGCGCGGAAGACUUGCGCGUGGUCGAUGCCUCGGGGGCCAAGGUGAACGGCUCACAGCCGAGCCUCGAAGCCAAGGCCUACUCCUCGGCCGGCGGUAUCCGGCUGCCCAACGGGAAGCUCAAGUGCGAUAUCUGUGGGAUAGUUUGCAUUGGCCCCAAUGUGUUGAUGGUGCACAAGCGAAGCCACACUGGAGAACGGCCGUUCCAGUGCAGCCAGUGCGGCGCCUCUUUCACCCAGAAGGGCAACCUGCUGCGUCACAUCAAGCUCCAUUCAGGGGAGAAACCCUUCAAGUGUCACCUGUGCAGCUACGCUUGUCGCAGGAGGGAUGCCCUCACCGGCCAUUUACGCACCCACUCAGUUGGAAAACCCCACAAGUGUGCGUACUGUGGGCGGAGUUACAAGCAGCGCAGUUCUCUGGAGGAGCACAAGGAGCGGUGUCACAACUACCUCCAGUGCAUGGGACUGCAGAACAGCAUCUACACAGUAAAGGAAGAAAGCAACCAGAAUGAGCAGAGGGAAGACUUAAGCCAGAUGGGAUCUGACAGAGCCUUGGUGCUAGACAGACUAGCUAAUAACGUAGCUAAGCGUAAGAGCACUAUGCCACAGAAGUUUGUGGGUGACAAACGCCUGUCGGACCUCUCGUACGACGGAGGAGCAGGUGAGCUGAUUCAGCCCCACGUCAUCGACCAGGCCAUCAACAGCGCCAUCAGCUACCUGGGGGCCGAGUCGCUCCGGCCUCUGGUCCAGACCUCCCCGGCCUCCUCUUCCGACGUGGGCCUCGGCUCCAUGUACCCCUUGCACAAGCCGGCGCCCGAAAGCCACGCGGGGACGGGCCUCAGCCUGUCGGCCAAAGACAGCGCGGCCGAGAACCUGCUGCUCCUCUCCAACUCCAAGUCGGCCUCCAGCGAGAAGGACGGCUCGCCCAGCCAAAGCGGCCAGGACUCCACGGACACCGAGAGCAACAACGAGGACCGCCCUGGCGGCGCGGCGUCCGGCCUCAUCUACCUGACCAACCACAUCACCUCGGGGGUGAGGAACGGCAUGGUGAAGGAGGAGCAGCAGAGGCAGUACGAGGCCAUCCGGGCCAGCAUGGAGAUGGCGUCCGAGGGCUUCAAGGUAGUGGCGGCAGACGGGGAGCAGGUGAGGGCGUACCGGUGCGAACACUGCCGCGUUCUGUUCCUGGACCACGUCAUGUACACCAUCCACAUGGGCUGCCACGGCUUCAGAGACCCCUUCGAGUGCAACCUCUGUGGCCACCAGAGCCAAGACCGCUACGAGUUCUCCUCGCACAUAACGCGGGGGGAGCAUCGCUACUGAGCCGCGGGGGCGGCGGAGAGCACACACACACCUCACAGACAAACGGCUGGAUGUGUGGCAAAAAAAACACACACACACACACACACACACUCAUGCAGACAUGCAGCAGAAAUAAAUGAAUAGGAAAUAGAAGAUGUAAAAUACACUGUUGGUGUCUGAAAGGUGUUUUUUUAUACAAAGUAUGCAUGUUUGUCGAACACAGAUUCAUGUACAACUAAAAACCAAGACUUGUAUUUUCCCUUCUGAAUGCCAUGUUAAGUAGUAGUAGUAGUAGUAGUAGUAGUAGCAGUAGUAGUAGUAGUAGUAGUUCUUUUUUUUAAGAAACAAAAAUGAUGUGCAGUGAGGACGACACAGCAGAGUUACUGAGCCACAAUCCUGCCAAGGUUUUUAAAUGAUGUAUUUACAGUUUUUCCAUGUAUAAAAUGUCUUUUCUUUUUUUCUACACGAAUAUAAAAGAUUACCAUAUUUACAUGUACAAAUCUUUUUACUGUGUAAGUAUUCUGCAGUUAUUUUCAGUGCAGUAAAAACAAUUUAAAAAAAAGGAAAUUCAAUCAAUAAAAACAAUCAGUGUAGAUAACCCCACACACGCAAAGUUACAACCGGUACUUUAUUUAUAUCACAUUUACACGCCUGUAUUUUUUUGUAUUUAUUACAGUGAUCAAUGUUUGUUUGUAGAGUAGGUAAUAAACGCUGCGUCUCUUUCUGUCCGACUGUACUAAAUGUGUUGAAAACAGGGCCGCUGCUGGAUUUUAUUUUGAUUUCUUUCAGAAGAAAAUGUUAUCUUGGCCUUUUUGUUUUGCACCUGAUGGCUAACAAUUGUUUCACUCACAGGAGAAAACAAGCAGGUUUCUGAGGUUUGAAGGAACUUUAUGCUUGCAAAAUAUCAAUAAAGGAUAUUUUAUAUAUGCACGAA